ACAAUUAAUUCUUCAGACCAGCAAUAAUGGUGGCGACAUCAUUUGCCAUAGACCUCAAUCUUUUCCCCUUCCACAAAACCGAUGACACACCGAUUGGAGAAGUUCACACCGAUGAUGAUUAUGAUGACGAUGAUGAUGACGGGGAGGAAGAAGACGAUUGUUCGUUUGGAAAAGAGGUUGAUGAUCAUAUGAUCAGUGGGGAUCAUUUAAGCAGGAUAAACAACGAAAACAAGAAGCUAAAGGAGAUGCUUAAGAUCGUAUGGGAGAACUACAACUCUCUUCAAACGCAUGUCAAGAAACUAAUGCAAGAAAAACAAGUAUUUGAAUCGAAUCCAAAGAAAAGAAAGCUCGACGAGACAGUUCAACAAAGCUUGUGGAAGAGACAGAAUUGGAACUUGGAAUCACCAAGGAAUACUGGGGUUCAAAGAGUUUAUAUACCAACAGAUCCGUCUGAUAAAAGCCUGGUAGUGAAGGAUGGAUAUCAAUGGAGGAAAUAUGGACAAAAGGUGACUAGAGACAACCCAUCUCCUAGAGCUUAUUAUAAGUGCUCUUCUUCACCAACAUGCCCAGUCAAGAAGAAGGUGCAAAGAAGUGUGGAUGAUCCUGGUGUAGUAGUUGCGACCUAUGAAGGUGAGCACAACCACAGAAGCACAAAGGAAGAGGCUGCGUAUGCCCUAGCCAAUGAACAUAAGAUUUCAAGUAGUGAAAGAAGGUCAAACUCCCCAAGAUUUGAUGAGGUUUUGGUGGAAAAAAUGGCUACUUUUCUAGGAAAAGAUCCUGAUUUCACUGCAGAACUUGCUGCUGCCAUUUCCUCCAAGAUUUUGGAAGUCGAUUUGUUCUAAGCAUGCUAAUCGAAUUGUAUUCAUCUCUUUUGUAUAUGAAUGCGAUUCGAUUUGUACAAGAUAUGUGGUUUGAACAAGAACACAAAGAGCUUUAUAACGGGUAUUUGAUCGAUUUGGUUUGGUAGCAACUCGAAUAGUAUAUAUACGCCACUACAUAAAGUAUUGGUAGCCAUAUAGAGGUACUUCAUUGUGAUGUUUAGUUUUUUUGUAGAUUUAUUUGCCAAUUAGCCAAUUAGUUGGGGGGAUGUCUUAUGUACAUUACAAGAUUUGUUUGGACA